UGAAUAAAGCACACAACUGUGAAACAUUGCCAACGUUGUCGCAUUGUUAUUGCCGUUCUUUUUUUGUUGUUUUGUUUUGUGUGUUUUUUACGUGAUCGUGAGUGAUCAUUAAACGUGAGUGCAUUCAACUCACGCACGACUCACGCAUGCUGGCGUUAAGCCGACGACAAAAUGAUACAGUGGCGCCAUCUGUGAAUCUGCAUAAGCAACAACGACAACAACAACAACAGCAGCAACAGCAAUUGAAUCUCACUACUAACGAAAGCUACAACUACAACAAAGCAAAGCUCAAUUCAACCGCAGCAAUGCUCGCCAACGUGCCGUCAACGUCAACGUCAACGUCGACGUCGACGUCUAGUGCAGUCGACGUCGCUGCUGCGAGUGCAGAUGAUGAGCGCAGUAGGCUGCUGGGCAGCACAACGCCGCCGCCGCAGUCGACGUCGCCGCCAACUUCGCUGUCGCUGGCUUUGCCACUUGUGCAUACAACAACAAUGCAUCCGUCCCGCCAACAACAACAACAACAAGAACACGAAAACGAGAGCAUGAAUAAUAAUAAUAAUAACGAUAACAACGAUCAGCAGCAACAACAACAGGAGCAUCAGCUGCUGCUGUUGGAGAGCAGCAGCAGCAACAACAAUUACAACAACAACGACAACAGCAACCGCAGCGACAUCGAGGAUCUGUCCGAGGAGACGGCAACAACAGUUGGCGCCGCUGAUUCCAGCGAUCAAAGUGAUAAAUUCAACCGCCCGCCAAUCACAACAACAACAACAACCAAUCAGAAAAAGCCCAAGCUCAGCAAGCUGGGCACCAAAAGCGUCGGCCUCAAACGCGUUUCGUUUGGCUCGUCAAAAGGCUCAAUGGUUGAGACGCUGGUCUUUGAGACGCCGACGCCGCUGUCCGAGCACGUGGAGCCGAGCUUUGGUUUCGAUGCUGCCGACGCUGCUGGUCAGCCGCAGCAGCAGCAACAGACGCUUAGCUCCGCAGCAGCCGCAGCGGCGGCAGCGGGGACAACAACAACAGCAGCAGCAGCGACCGCGACGCUUAAUAGCAACAACAGUUAUGGUGACUAUGCGAAACUCAAUAUGGACGACAGCGGCAUCGAAGUGCAGGAAGAAUCGGAACGUUCGAUAGUUCGCGUUUCAAUUUACCAAAGCAGUCAACCGCAACAGAUUUGUCCACCAAGCAACGAUUAUUCGUUGACGAGUUUUGCGGAUAAUUUAGAUAAUACGUUUAGUAGCUACAAUUGUAACUUAGACUAUACAACAAUGGCGACGGCGACGAUGCAGCCGACUGGAGGCCUAGGACCAGCCUACGACAGACAGCAGAGCACUGAUUCCGGCUGGGAUAAUCCUUUUCGUCCAGGCGGCGAUCUAUCCAGAGAGGCUGAUGAAAUUGUUAGCAUGAUACGUGGUGGCAAACCCAUCACGCCCACAGAGGAUCGUACAAUAGGCAAUGGCAACGCACAGCAUGGCGAUGAUAACUGCAACGGCGCAACAACUGCAAUCGGCGAGAGUGUAACCAAAACAAAUCUCUCGCAGAAUCAAGCGACAGCACAAAAUGGUACAAAUUCCCACGGCAGCAAGGUGGAAGGAUCGACAGGAGGCGGGGCAGGUGGCAAAUCAACGGCGGUGGCUGGCAAUGGAAAGGGUGGCGGAGGCGGAGGAGGAGGUGGAGGAGAGAGCAAUAAUGGCGUCACUUCGCUGGCUCAAGUCUCAAAGCAAGUGGUACCUGGACCAACUUCGGCUAGUCACGUGGUUAUCGACGAGAAGAAGAACAAGAAAAAGGGCUGCUGUGUGGUGCAAUAAUCAAGAAGAAGAAGAACAACAACAACAACAACGAGACACGAAGCAGAGAGGCAACACAACAGCGAAACAAACAAAAACAGAGGCAAAACAUACAGAACGACAACAAGAACAAGAAAGAGAGAAAGGGAUGGCAACAAGUGCAAGCAAGGAUCACUUGUUGGAGAAGAUGGAGGAGCAGGAGGGAGGGAGGGAGGCGUAUCAUAUUUAAUGUUAAUGUUAAAUGCUAAAAACUGAAACUGACGAAGCUGUUGAUAUUUGAAUGCUGCUGCAUUAUUCGCUUGCUUACACACACACACACAUACAACCAUGAAAAUAGCUAAAUGAGAAAACGAAACGCAAGCUCUCUGAACAGAACCAACAAACAAAACCCACAUACAAACAUACAUACAUAGAAAUGAAACAGCAACAGAAGCAAAACCAAAAGCAGAGACAGUAACAGCGACGCUUAACAGUGAAGCUGUUAAUGACUGUAACAGCGACUUUCUUAAAUGCUUUUAACAGCUGCUGCUGCUGUUGUCGCUGGCUCUGCCGCUGCCGCUGCUUCUGCUGCUGUUGCUGCUUCUGCUAUUGCCGACUCACUCUAAAAACUCAAUGCGCGCUAUUGCUGUCGCUGUCGAACCCACGUUGCAGUCGCAGCCUAAAUUUAAUGAAAUUGUAACUAUGAUAUAUAUGCACAAUAUAUACACACAUUUCGUAUAUAUUGUGUGUGUCUAUAUAUUUGUUAGUCUGGAUAUAUAUAUAUAUGUAAGUGCAAAGCCGAUGCUAACAGUUGAGACAUCAUAUAACGAACAUGAGAGAUCAGCUGUUGAAUUAUUAUGAUGAUGCUGAUUAUAUAGCGUAUAUAUAUGAAUCGAUAUAUAUAUAUGUAUAUGCGUAUAUAAAUAUUUUUUCCUUUUUUUUUUUGUAAUGUGACUCGACUUUAUAUACAUACAUACAUAUAUAUAAUAUAUAUUUUUUUCGUAUUUGUAAAAUUAGUGCAGCUUUUUAAAGAACAUUUAAAAAGUCGAUAAACAAAAAAAAAACAAAAACAAACAAAAAAUGAGAAAACGAUAAACAGAAAAAAAAUAAGAAAAAAAAAACAAAAGUUUUGCCUGCAUGCAUAAAAGAGAACAAGAAAAGAAAAAAAAGAGAAAGAAAAAAACAAAAAAUGUAUUUAUUUUUUAUUUAUAUGACGAUGAAAGUAAAGAAAUUAAAUUAAAUGUUAAACCUUAAACAAAAUAUACAAAAACUAGACACACACACACACACACACGAAUACAUACAAAUAUAAACACACACACUCACACAUAUACAUAGCUAAAAUGCAGUUUUGCAUUUGUAUUAAAAUGAAACCUUAAACAGCAAAAAAGCUCUAUUUCUAUAACUUUCUGUCUGUCUUCAUUCUCGAUAUAUCGUUAUAUCGAUAUCGAUUACCCCAGUUGAAAUUGUCACGCAUGAAAAACGCACAGAAAUCAACACACACACACACAAAUAAACUUUGCGUUCCCAAUUCAUGUUUUCUCAGGCUUCCUUUUUUUUUGUUUCGUUUUUUUUUUUCCUGCUUGUGGAUUUUCAGCAGCCUCAUUUGAAUUGUGCUUGCGAUUUACUUAGAUCUGUGUGUGUGUGUAUGUAUGUCACAUCAACCCACCCACCCACACACACACACACACACACACAUUCACAAUGACCAACACACACACACACAUAGAAUGUCGCGCUUAAAGAAAAAAUAACUUACAGAAAGCUAAACCAAAUAGAUAAACGAGAACCGAUUCAAUACACCGAUACAAACCCACACACACACACACACACACACUUAUACACACCAACACACACUCAGCCUAAGCAUUAAAGUGCUGCAUUUGAUAAAUGUAAUAAUAAUUAUUAAAGAACAAGAAAAGAAAAACAAAAGAUAUAUAUGUAAUAGCAAUCCCCGAAAAAUAUGUGCUAAUUAAAUUUCGAAUACAAAUCAAGAGAAGAACAAGAAAUCAAAAAGAAGCAAAAAAAACAAGAAAAGAAAA